CACCUUCACUGACGGUGGUACAGAUGGCACGUCAAGCAGACACACCGGUCCCACAGCCUCAGGCCAGUGGAGUUCUUCGGCUUGCACAGAACAAUUCUGAUCGAGAGUCAAGCCAUCAUCUGACGGAGCCUCAGAGAAAAGUUGGCUACAUCACAUUUUUCAUCAAGAAUAAUUAUACAGCAGAAUUUAAAAAAACGUUUGACGUUGAGAAAGUGCAGGACGGUGCUGGACUAGCGAGUGCAAGCAGAGGAGGCGUAGCAGAACAAUGGGCGCUCGGGGAAAGCAAGACAUGAGAUUACGUGUUGUGACAAUAGCAAUCUCCGUGAAGAUAAUAUACUACGCUAUUUAAAUCAAAGUAUACAAUACCCACUUGCGGGAAGCAGUAAAGGAUUUUCAAAGAAACAACUCGCACAGAGUAAGGAGCAGAUGGCGGUGUACUGCAGGCGACUAUUGUGUAAGACGGAGACUGGGUGUGACCUGUUGGAUUCGGUGAGCGCAUUACCAGCAGUGCGUGGUCAUGCAAUCUAGCGAAAGGCAGCGUACAGGGAAGCAGCGCCCUCGUUCAUCAAAUGCCCAAAGGUGAUGGAGGCAAGACCUUUCCCCGCUAUUCACCGAAGGAAUGACGGAUGGUGGAACACCAAACGAAGACUAUAAAUACACCCUGCAUCGCUGCAGCCUCAGUCCCAGAGGAGGAGCGCGAUGGCAAGACUAGCGUGGGUGACAUCACGGGCACGUCACUCUUGGCUGACAUCACAAGCGCAGCAAUGUUGGCUGAACACCCGCAGACACUACCACCCAAACGGCGACCCUCCCAGGAUACUGAUUACAGGCAGCUUGGGUCAGCUGGGCACAGGCCUGGCGAAGUUGCUGCGAGGUAAAUAUGGAACACAGAACGUCAUCAUGUCUGACAUCGUGAAGCCCACAAAGGACAUCGUCAACUCGGGUCCUUACGUGUUUGCUGAUAUCCUCGACUUCAAGUGCCUUCAAGAGAUCGUGGUCACCUACAGAAUAGACUGGCUGGUGCAUUUUUCAGCGCUUUUGUCAGCAAUAGGCGAGCAGAAUGUCCCUCUUGCUAUCAGAGUGAACAUUGAGGGGCUGCACAAUGUGAUGGAGCUCAGCAAACAGUACAACCUUCGCGUCUUUGUGCCAUCUACCAUUGGUGCCUUUGGUCCAGACUCCCCAAGAAACCCAACACCCAACCUCACCAUCCAGCGGCCCAGAACAAUCUAUGGUGUGAGCAAGGUACAUGCUGAGCUGCUGGGCGAGUACUACCACCAUAGGUUUGGUCUGGACUUCCGCUGCCUACGUUUCCCAGGUGUCAUCUCUGCAGACACCAUGCCCGGGGGAGGCACUACAGAUUAUGCUGUGCAGGUAUUUCAUGAUGCUAUUGAGGGACGAGAGUUCGAGUGUUACCUGAGGCCAACCACUCGGCUCCCAAUGAUGUACAUUGAUGACUGUCUCAGGUCACUGUGGGAGAUGCUGGUGGCUCCUGAGGAGAAGCUCAAACGACGCACCUACAAUGUCACUGCCAUGAGCUUCUCCCCUGAAGAAAUUGUAUCAGCUGUGAGGAAACAUUUCCCAGACCUAAAGGCCACCUACAAGCCAGACUCCAGACAGAACAUUGCGGACACAUGGCCUGAGAUCUUUGAUGACAAUGAGGCUCGCUGGGACUGGGGCUGGCAGCAUCACUAUGACCUGGAGGCCAUGUGUGAAAUCAUGUUCACUCUCCUUCAGCAGCAGCAGCAGAUGGAAAGUGUUUCAGGGAGGUGACUGCCCUGCAUAGGGUUAUGAGUAUUUGUGUGUGUGAGUUAUUAGAGUGUUAUAGUGCUAGACUCAUGGGAGGUUUUUAACUGAAGGUGUUUAGAUAACACUAUCAUGUUACUCAAAAUAGUGUGUGUGUGUGUGUGUGUGUGUGUGUGUGUGUGUGUGUGUGUGUGUGUGUGUGUGUGUGUGUGUGUGUGUGUGUGCAUGUGUGUGUGUGUGUGUGUGUGUGUGUGAAUAUGUGUGUGCAUGAAGAUGGAUACUAUGUAAAUUAGCAGACUACCAUAUUUUCUUUGUCAGUAUCCUCUUAAUCACUUUGUUUCUCUUUUACAAAUAGUAUUUCCCUCCAGCAUGAUGCUUCUGUAUUAUUAAAAUGUUUUGAAAGUUCUAUAUCUUCAUAUGGAACAUUUGCCUGUCUUUGCAAACCACUAGUUCUUAAAUACCAAUGCAUAGUAACUUUUCUAUUUUCACAAACCACUUACAUACUUGUGUAGUCUUUAUGUAUUUGUAGAGCUUAGUUGUAUUUGCAUACAACAUAUAUCAUGACAGUAUUACAUAAUUUUAGGAUGCCUCACUUAUCUCUACAUAUCCCAUUUACUAGAAAUUCUAGGCAGUUAGUGCACAAACUUAUCUUUCAAUUUUUUGUUCCAUUCUAAGAGAAUGUUCACAAAUGUACAAACCCACCAAAGUGAUGUGAUUGCAUGAGAGCAAGAUGGACUAUUGAACUGUGAAUGUUUUCCUCCCCAGUGUAAUCAUUAGGGCAAGUAAUACAUAGUGCACUAGUCUGGUUCUUAUAAUAAUGUAUUAGUGUUUUUAAUUUAGGUCUAUGCAAAUUUGAUAAAAUCAGUCACUGGAAGACAGUAAAUGAUAUUUGGAUGUAUAUACUACUUUUUUUUUCAAGUCCAACACAUUUAAGCACAAAGCUUGCCAUGCCUGUAUCAUGUCAUGGAACAUGAUUGGUCAGCAACCAAAUUAUUUGUAAAGGAAAAAUUAACUGGAAAGAAAUUCCAUGGCUUGUUUUUUUUACUUACAUGACAAUGAUCAAUGAGGAUUAUUUUUUUGUUAAAAAAAAAUAUUCAUCUACUUCAUUAAAUUUCAUUGCAGUCAAUGUAAUACAUGCCUAAAUUAUAAUAAAAAAGACAAGUUUGUUAAUAGAUAAAA